UGGGGUACGGUUAACCCAAAUACAAAGUACAAUUUUAGUUCAUGUGAAAAAAAAAUUUAAGACAAAAGCAUAAGUCAUAUGUUGUACUUACGUUCCUUAACUCAGUCAAACUCUUUCACAAUUUUUUCUCUCCAAAUUCCAAAAUUUUCUCCAAGAAAAGAUGAGAAUUGGGUCAUUGAAAGUUUGGAUCUUGGUAACAAUAUUGGUGGUGGCAUGGAGGUGUGGAGGGGUAUAUGGGAUAAGAUUUGUGAUAGAUAGAGAAGAAUGCUUUUCACAUAAAGUUCAAAUGGGAGAAACAGUUCAUUUAUCAUUUGUUGUUAUCAAAUCAGAAGGUUCUUGGCAUUAUAGUCAAGAGGGUGUUGACCUUGUGGUGAAAGGACCUUCUGGGGAACAGAUUCAUGAUUUUCGUGACAAAAUAAGUGAGAAGACCGAGUUUGUGGCCCAUCAUGAAGGAGUUUAUCGUUUCUGUUUCAGCAACAAGUCACCCUAUCAUGAAACCAUAGACUUUGAUCUACAUUCUGCCCACUUUGCAUACCAUGAUGAGCACGCAAAAGACGAACAUUUCAAACCACUGUUUGAGCACAUUGGACAACUAGAGGAAGCUUUAUACAACAUUCAGUUUGAGCAGCAUUGGCUCGAGGCCCAGACAGACCGGCAAGCUAUAGUGAAUGAAACGAUGAGCAAAAGAGCAUUCUACAAAGCUUUGUUCGAGUCUUCUGCUCUGAUCUGCGUUAGCGUCCUGCAAGUUUACCUCCUCAAGCAUCUUUUCGAACGAAAACUGGGGCAGUCCAGAGUUUAGCUUUUGACAGAAUCCUUGAACUUUUGAUAUAUUUGCUUUCUGUAUUCCUUGCAGAAGGGGCAGGUACUGUAAAAACUAGAAAGGACGGUUUUCGCCCUGAGAUUUAAGUUAUAUUACAACUCCUUUAGUUGGAUGGUGAAGGCUCAAUAAUGUUCAAUAAAAUUUUACAGUUCCUUUUAGAA